AUGUCCUCACUUUCAACUUCUAUAGUCCAAAGUCUAGACGAAGCCUCUAGAAAAGAGAUUAUGCAGUUCAUUGAAUCAGAACAAUCAAAAUCAAAGGUUCAACUGUCUAUUCAUAGUUUCACUGAUAUGUGUUUUAAAAAAUGUAAUAAAGAUAAACCAAUAAUUACAGGUUCAUUGGAUUCAAAUGAAGAAAGAUGUCUUGUCAACUGUUUAAAUAGAUUCUUAGAUACAAACAUUAAAGUGGUGGAAGCUUUACAAGCUGGACGUUAG